GAGAGCGAGAGAGAGAGAGAGAGAGAGAGAGAGAGCUGAUCCUGCUCACCAAACUCUCCCCUGCAAUCCGGAUGAGAUGUAGAUGAAGAGAGAGGCCAUUCCACAGCAAUCCCAACUGGGAGGAGAAUACAUCGCGCGCGAAAGGAUAUACAUGAUGCUAAUGAUGUGCCACGCAACUGUGAAGGAAUCUCUGUGGAUUAACGCGGCACUUUACAGCGCGUUUUUUGUAGUUAAACGAUCUCCUUCCAGUUUUUCAGUCUCGUUCCAGAGGACAGCAGAUGGGACCGAAUAGGUGUGUGUAUCUGGAUGCUGUCAUUUUUUGACAAAUUUAACAACCAAAACAGCAAUGGAUGCCAUGCCAGAGUAUUCCCUCUUCCUCGUGAGGAUUUUGGAGGAAUUGGAUACCAAGUACAAUACUGUUUCAUAUCAAGAUCUUUGUAAAUCCCUGUGUGCCAGAUUUGACCUGGUCCAUUUGGCUAAGCUGCGGAGUUUGCUAUUCUACACAGCAUGCUUGGAUCCAGCUUUCCCAGCAACCUUAUUCAAAGACAAAAUGAGGUGCUCUGUAGAGGACCAGCAGUCCAAGAAGCUGAUGGUGGCGGCAGACAUUGUCACCAUGUUUAACUUAAUCCAAAUGAACGGAGGUAUGGCCAAAGACAAGCUACCGGUGGGUCAAAGACCUAAAUUUCACAAGAACCAGUCUUUCGAGUCCUGUCGAUCUGACAGCGACGUAUAUAAAUUUAGCGACAACGACAGGGCGUACAAUCUCUUGGACACCAGGGGUCAUCACGUGUCUCGGAAUUCACCCCGCCCUAAGUCCGACUGUAACAACUGCCAGCGGUUCAUUCCAGCCUCAGACCCCAACUUCCUCUUGGGAGUCACCAAGGAUCUAAAAUGUAGGGCAGCAUCACUGGAUAAGCUACAGCAUCUGCCUCAGUACUCCAAUGUCAGUCCUCCAUGUGAGAUGCAGAGUACUUACUUUCCCAUGGACAUUGACAGUGAGUCCACAACGGACCAGGACUCUCUGCGUGUUAAUUCGGGGAUGAAGGAUGCUUUCGUGUCCAGAGGAGAGCCAUUUACUGUGCACUCGUGUGUUCAAAAGCGGAAUAUUUUCAAAGAGGAUUUUCACAACCUUGUUGCCUUUUCACCCAAUGUGAUCACCACAGAGUGCAGAGGAAAAUCCAAAGUGGGAGGAGAUUACCAUCGAAGGGAGCUGAACAAGCCUCCCACCUUCUUUAAUCACAGUUUUGAGCUGCCAUACAGCAACCCUUACUUUGAACCCGUCAACUCACCCAAGAACAAAGGGCGUGUGAAGCACGAGAGUUUGGAUGACUUGCAGGCAUCCACUUAUUUUGGACCUACAACAGUCUCUGAGUGUGUGAGCAACAGGAGGACUUCUAGCAAGCAUGGCAAACAGCCAGCCUGGCCUGUAAAGAGCUUGAGCCUUAAUACUGAAGAAGCUCCUGACUUUGAGAGGUCCUUCUUGAACGACAAAGUGACAAAGGACAAUCAGCGCCUUAACAUUGGCGUCAUGAACAACGAUCAACAGUUUCAGUGUGCAAAAGAAAAACCCACUGCCUCUCCCUCAGGUUUCUCCAAGAAGUCCAAUGGAAUCAAAACAAAAGAAAUGACUUCGGUGGCUUGUGGUCCCAGUGUUGAGAAAAGAGAGGUUGGGAAAAGGUAUAAGGACAAGAACAUCAACUGCCCAUUGUUUCAGCCAGAUAAUGUGGACAAUGGUAUGAGUGUAGGCACACAGACCGAAAAACCUGAACACAGGAAAGUGAAAGAUUUCACCAGUCACACCAAAUAUGGAGAGAGGCCCACCUUCAAACACUCAGAUGAAGAUUCUGAGAUUGUCAGUGAUGAUAUUAGCGACAUCUUCCGCUUUCUGGAUGACAUGAGUGUGUGUGACUCUAUUGGCGUUGUGCAGUCAUCAUGCUACAACAGCAAUGGCUCACUGUCUCAGGUCACAAAAUCAGAUGGUGACAGCUCACCUGAACAUAACACUAUCAAGCUGGGCAAAACUGGCAUCAAGCUCGACCACCUCUUUCAGACACUGGAAAACUCAGACGAUGAACUCAAAGAGAGUGUUUUCAAGCUGGUCCUCAAGAUUGGUGAGAUUGAAAAGAAACUCGAGUCUCUUUCGGGGGUGCGGGGUGAGAUUUCGCAGGUGCUCUCAAAGCUUAACAAGCUGGAUGAGAAGAUUCAAGAACCGGAGCCUAAUGGGAAAACAACCGAUAACGGCAUUGUGGAGCAGAUUAAGACUGAUGUGAACCUCUCUCCUCACGUAUUCCAGUGUCACACCACAGGACACAAUAUGAAGGUAGAAAAAAGUCCAGAAUGGCGUUGCUCAGAGGCCGACGAAAGCGAAAGUCUAAGGGUAAAAGCAUUAAGGAAAAGCAUGUUCACACGCAGGUCAUCCAGAUCGUUGACUGAGGAAAACAGUGCUACCGAGUCCAAAAUAGCUAGCAUUACUAACUCACCUCGGGAUUGGAGGACUGUUUCUUAUUCCAGCCAUGCAGGGGAAGAAGGAAAAGAAAGAGAGCGACAUAGUGAAGGGAAAGACAGACACAGGAAACCAAGAGAGACAGAUCGACAGUAUGAAGCCCACCAGGCACACCGUUCCUCAAAGCCGCCCAAGGACUCCUACCUGGUUGAGCAGGUGUUCAGCCCGCACCACUUCCCUUCCGCAGUCAAAUCUCACGUAAAGGGCAGUCCUCUCUACACGGAUCUGCGGCUGACCGGCCUUGCUGAAGCCAAGCGUUCCCAGCCCUCCUGGACCAUAGAAGAAUUCAAACGCAACUCAGGAGACAAGAACAAGCUCAGCGCAUUGGACUUACAGGUCCAGGAUUCACUCAACCCCAACAAUCUGGAAUACUGGAUGGAAGACAUCUACACUCCAGGUUAUGAUUCACUGCUCAAACGCAAAGAGGCGGAGUUUCGCAGGGCCAAGGCAUGUAAGAUUGGCGCGCUGAUUGCAGCGGCUGCCUGCACUGUGAUACUGGUCAUCGUAGUGCCCAUUUGCACCAUGAAGUCUUGAGGUUUCUUGUAUUCUGUGGAUUUGUGUUUGUAUAAUUUUAUCUUUACUGGGUAAACCUGGGACACUAGAGAACUUUUUGUCGAGUUUCUCGAUUUAAUAUUAUAGUCUGUGAUUAGGUCUAAUUUGAGCCACCGGCCUUAGACUUUUUGGGAAUGUCAUUCAAGGUAUAUUAUAACAGAUAAUUCAUUAUGAAAUUUGAUGUUUGUCUUUUUUAUUUAUAAUAGUCAAUAUUUAUACUUUGAAUAUAGUAGAUAACCUUACUAAAGGCUCAGAGAUGCACACUUGUUUUAUAGUCCAAUAUAUUAUGUACCAAUAUGUUUUAUGUCUGCUUUUUCUGGUACUGCAAUAGAAACUGGAGGGAAAGCUUUAAGUUUAAGCAUAUUAUAUUUUUUACUGUACAAUGAUUAUAAGAAUUAAAACAAACGUUAUUUUGACUACGCAAGCAGAAUGUUUCAGAGCAGAGAGACAUUUAUCUUUGGAGAAUACUGGAAAGGCUGGGUUGUGCAAUGUCUUUUUCUAUAAAAUCUAUAUAAUUCAUUGCCACAUGCAUUCAGUGAGACCACAGUAUGUAUGCGAGAAUACAAAUGUAAGUGAUUGUAUUGAGGUGUGAUCAAGAGUUCUGAGGUACAAUAAAAUGAUGUUUAUUCAUAUCAUUUUAUUAGUGACAUAGUUUUGAUUUAGGGAUGCACUGAAUGUUCAGCAACUGUCAGGACUAUCACUAAAUAUUUUGGGGGCGUAUAAGAGAAUAUAAGGUUGGGCACCCUACAACACCCAUUUCGCACCAAGCCAACCUAGUGUCCAAAAUCUUUGUCUGCAAUUUAAUAAUACAAACCUACUACUUUUGCUACUGCUUUUGACCACUAAAACCAGUCUUCGGAAACUGAACCGAAGACCAAAAGCUUCUUUCUCAGACACUAAAAUGCUUCCCCUACUGAAAAACCAACUAAAACCAGCCUUAGCUAGUUUAACUGGUCUCCCAGCUUAGUUUAAGCUGGUUACGCUGGUGUAGCAGCUAGGUUUUAGAGGGGUUUUAGACACUUUUUAGCUGGCCUGGUUGGGAGACCAGCUGACCCACCAGCUUAAACAAGCUUGACCAGGCUGUAAGUUGAAGUAGC